GCGAGAUUAGCAACGGCGGCGGAGGAAGCCGAAGGGGCGAGAGCAACAAGCCGCGGACCUGGAAGCGGAGCCGGGGAGGGCGCGCUUCGGGGGUUUUGAGUGAAAGAUGGUGGAUCGCUUGGCAAACAGUGAAGCAAACACUAGAAGAAUCAGCAUAGUGGAAAACUGUUUUGGAGCUGCUGGUCAGCCUCUGACUAUUCCUGGCCGUGUCCUGAUUGGUGAAGGAGUACUAACAAAACUGUGUAGGAAGAAACCAAAAGCAAGGCAGUUCUUCUUAUUCAAUGACAUUCUUGUGUAUGGCAACAUAGUCAUCCAGAAGAAGAAAUAUAACAAACAGCACAUCAUUCCAUUGGAAAAUGUAACUAUUGAGUCCAUUCAGGAUGAGGGAGAUUUACGGAAUGGAUGGCUUAUCAAGACCCCAACUAAAUCUUUUGCAGUGUAUGCUGCUACUGCAACAGAAAAAUCGGAAUGGAUGAACCACAUAAAUAAAUGUGUUUCUGAUUUGCUGUCCAAAAGCGGGAAGACCCCCAGUAAUGAACAUGCAGCUGUCUGGGUACCUGAUUCUGAAGCCACUGUAUGUAUGCGCUGCCAGAAAGCAAAAUUUACCCCUGUCAAUCGUCGACACCACUGCCGGAAAUGUGGCUUUGUUGUAUGUGGGCCCUGUUCUGAAAAGAGGUUUCUUAUUCCCAGUCAGUCUUCCAAGCCUGUGCGAAUCUGCGACUUCUGCUAUGACCUCCUUUCCACGGGAGAAAUGCCCACGUGCCAGCCCACGAGAUCAGACUCUUACAGCCAGUCACCGAAGCCUCCUUUAAAUGAUAUAUCAGAUGAUGACGAUGACGACGACAGCAGUGACUAAACAGUGAAAGAGAAUGUCUUGAUGUUACUAUCGAUAUUUGAACCUGAGUUGCUGUAUGAGGAAACCUAGCUGCAGGGUCUUCUGAGAGGCCUACCCUAGCCAUAAAAUUUGCCUGAAAUACCUUCAGCUCAAAUGUGCCUCAGUAUCUGAAUCUCUUAGAUAUAUCAUCACUCUUUUUUCUGCAGGGAUAGACUCUUGCAAAAUAUAUCAUUUUCUAGCUUUGUAUACUUGAUUUCCUCUGUAGGGGUUGAGUUGAUCCCCUUCCCUUCCCCAUUCCUCUCAGUGUUGAAGACUAGAAAAUCAAGCAUAGAUGUCUUUUUCUACCCACAAGCAUCCUACACUGUUUUGAUACUUUAUGGCUUCUUUUUAAUAUUCGGGUCGAGGGGAUGAAACCUGCAUGAAACUGGUGUUUUGGUUAGAAAAUUGAGUAGAACAUCCUACUAGACUUUGAAACUGAUGCUAUACUAAGACCCUUUGUAACAUAAAUGCAUACUGUAAUGUCAUUAACUUUUAAAAUUUUAUGCAAUUUGUCAUACCAAGUGGUGCCUUGUAAUGACUGUACUGUUGCAGGAAGGAACUAACCCAUUGUACCCUCUGGCAUGCGACAAACUAAAAAUAGUUGGUGCUAUUGACAAUAAUUGCUGUUGUAUAAUUAGGAUUUGAGUGGUGAGGGCUGUGAGUAUAUCAUUACAUUGAGUGUUGUCCACCAGCCCCAUGCACAAAAUAGUUUUCUCUAAGAUGAUAUAUGAGGACAGAUUGAAUACUUGUGGAGACCAACUAUUGUGAGACCCCAUAAAUGUGGUACUCCCACACAAUGAAUAAAACUGCUGGGCUUGUGGACAUCUAAGAAACAAGAUCUUCUUCAAAUAGAUUCAGUCCCUUGCUAUUUUCAAAAUUGUUCGAGAUUAUUAAAUGUUUAUCGCUAUCAGGUAUUAGUAAUUGAGAACUGUAUUGUCUCAGAUCAUGGUAUUUGCUGUAAUGUUUUUGAUUUGAUAUUUAUAAAAUGUAAUUCCUCAGAUGCUUCACUAACCUUUUUAAACUUUAGGAAUGGAUUUCUUUUAUAACUAGAAUGUGUUUUAAAAGCACAACAACAUGGGAAAAUGUCCCAAUCGUCCAUGUGAAGGGGAAAAAAACUUGCAACAAAGUCCAUCCUUUGUACACUGCAGACCUCGAGAUAGAAAUGAACUGUAGAUGAAUUCAUUUUAAAUCUAUAAAUCCAGGACCAGGACAAAUAGUGCAAAAGGUGUUUCCAUUAAAGUAUUUACUUUUUACUUUUAACAACAUUCUUUUCUAUGAUGGUGUCAAUUUUAGAGAAAUGUCAGAUUUAGCCCUGUGACGUUUUGUAAAACCCCAAUACAUAUCUCUAUUUUUAUAUUACUGUGGUAUGUUUAAUCAAUCCAUGUAGGAGUCCCUGCCAGAAUUGUGUGGGAAUUUGGUAGCACCUGAGAGUUCAUAAAAAUAAAUAAAAAUGUUGAAUAUUGUUUGUAUUAAAAAGUUACAGUAUCUAGAUAUUUGUUCAUUAAUUUACAAUUUCUACACUUUUUGCCUCAUCUGGCAAUAAUUGGGUUAUAUUUAUUGAAUAAACAAUCAAUUCUGCAUCUUGCACUAGUCUACUAGUCUCUCAGUCUGUAAUCUGGCUGCUUUAGCACAGAUGUCAAUGUUGGAAAAAGUUAGAUGAGGGGUACAAUUCAUUAGGUGAUGUGGAACAACAGUGUCCAUUUACUUUGAGGUAUGCUUUGAAAUAUGUUGCUUUGCCAGGUAGAUGUCUGUUCAGAGCUAUAGUUUUCCAGCUGAUAUCCAAAUACCUGAACAGUGCUAACAGGGAAGGAACACUGCAUUAAUCUAGAUGGCAAUCUAGAUAGGUACACAUUUACCCACGUUUUCUGAGAAGGUAUCUGUAUAGCUUCCCUACCUGCUCUGUGAAUUCCCAAGUUCAGAAUAGUUUGGGUAUCUGAGAUGAGAAGCCCCAUCUAAAGUAUGGUCAAAAUGUUUUGACUGGGUUGAUCAUUUUACAGUGUGCUAAAUGGAUAUAUAAAGGCUGCAUUUGAACAUAACGCUAACCUAUACUUUAGCAUUACAAGAGCAAACCUCAGUGAACCUUGGGCUCACACGCUCCCCACUCCCCUCCUCUGGUGUGGUCACAAGGAAAUUUGGAAGCUUCCUUGUUACAUUAACUUCAGUUUAAGAAUGUUGUCCAAACCCUGAACUGUGCUUAAUGUUAAAUAUUGUUAGUUGAAUCAAACUAACAAUACUGGUUUAAAGCUGGCUUGUUUCAACAAGCGUUUGGAUGACAUGGCAGCUGCAAUUAAUCUAAAAUGCAUGUUUCUUCUACUGAAGAGAUAAUAUGAAGAUCUUCUGUCCAUAGUGCAGAUACUAGCUAUAAGGUACAUCUUGAUAUGAUUAACUUUUGUUCUUACCCUAUGUUGUGCAAAAGACUUUGGAUAUUUGAAUGUCAAACUUAUAUUUGCUCAAUUGUCUUUGUAUGUUGCACAAAUGCUUCAGCACUUUCUACCUGCAAGAACAUUUAUCCUCCAUUUGGCAACAUGCUCUCUCUAGCAACCCCUAACCCCAUUGUUAUUUGUGAAUGAAAUUCACUCUAUGCUGCAAUUGAUCCCUGAAGCUGUUACCAAAUUGACAUUGUAGGAGAAAAUAAUCCUAGGAAUAGAAGUGUGAAAAUGUUACCACUUUUGUGGUUCUGAUCACAAUUUUAUUGUGUAAAGUAAACUUUUGUCUUGUGUGUUAGUCAAACUUUUAAAAGGGCUUAAUAAAUGGUUUUGUAACUUUG